AUGGCAGUGAAGGCCAAGGCAAAGAAGUACAAGAAGGAGGAAGAAGAAAAGGGAGAAGAUAGGAAGGAAGAAGAAAAGGAGGCAGAAGAAAAGGCGCCAUUCUCGAACCUCUGGAGGAUAUUUUCAUAUGGCACCAAGGCUGACCUUGCCCUUAUGGGCCUCGCCUUCUUCUGCUCUGCAGGCGCUGGUAUUGCUCUGCCUCUGAUGAACAUCGUCUUUGGUGCCCUUAUCACUGAUUUUAACAACUUCUUCCUUCCUGAUUCUACCGUCUCGCCACAGCAGUUCAAGGCAGCCGUCAAUAAGAAUGUGUACGUCUCCGUCUCCAAUUUACACACUAUUUUGUAUGAAUAUGCUGACAUGUUAAGUCUUUUUAUCGUCUACCUGUUCAUUGGCAACGGAAUCCGCAUCUCAGCAAACCUGCGACUGGCGUAUCUGACGGCACUCUUCCGCCAGCCUGUCUCCUAUCUUGAUGCCAUGCCCAUUGGCCGCCCGACGGACACCAUCACUGCCUCAUCCAACCUCAUCCAGGCCGGCAUAUCAGACAGGCUUGCUGUGCUUGUCCAGUCGGCUGCUCUCAUCGUUGCAGCUUAUGCCGUUGCAUUCUCUCGGUCCUGGUCCUUGACCUUGGUCUCUUCAUCAUGUUUGCUCUUCAUCCUGCUCAUCUACACCGUGGUAAUACCUUUCUAUCUGCGUCUCUUCAAGGCCAUCGAGGCUGCCAACGAGGGUGCCACAGCUGUUGCGGGUGAGGCUCUUUCAUCCAUUCGUACUGUUGUUGCUUGUGGUGCGCAGGCAAGUCUUGUCAACCGUCAUGCCGUGCACAUUGCAGAAGCCAGGCGUAAGGGCCUUCAGGUCUCCCCAAUUGUUGGGCUUCAGUUAGGACCGACUAAUUUUGCCAUGUACUGCAAUUUUGCUCUUACCUUUUGGUUUGGUGUUAAGCAGUUCACCGCAGGCAACGUCUCUGAUGCUGGACCAGUUGCGACUGUCAUCUUCUCGGUUAUCAUCGUGGUGUCGGCUGUCUCAUUCAUUGCCAAUCCAAUCAUUGCUCUCUCCAAGGCCAUCGCUGCAUCCGCUCGCUAUUUCUCUGUUAUUGACGCACCCCCGGUCAAGACAGAAGGUAUCAAGGAUGUUGACCUCGCUAGCUGUGGAGAGCUCGCGUUCAAAGACGUUACUUUCUCCUAUCCGACCAGGCCAGGUGUCACAAUCCUUGACAAUCUCUCUCUCGUUUUCCCGACUGGCAAGGUCACUGCUCUCGUUGGGCCUUCGGGGUGCGGUAAGAGUACUAUCAUCGCCUUACUUGAGCGUUGGUAUCAGCUGUCAGAUCAAUUGGAUCGCAGUAAAGUGAAAGAAACGAAAGAGAAAGAAAAAGAAAAAGAAAAAGACAGUGAAAUCAAGGAUGAAAAGUACCAGGCAGACAAGGAAGAGCGGAAAGAAAACGCCGGGUUUAUUAUGAUAGGGUCACACUGCAUCGACGAGCUCGAUCUUAAGUGGUGGCGUUCUCAGAUUGGCCUUGUCCAGCAAGAGCCCUUCUCUUUCAACACCUCCAUAUUCCGUAACGUCGCCUUUGGUCUCGUUGGUUCUCAAUGGGAAAAUGAGCCGGAGGAUGUCCAGCGCCAACUUGUCAUUGAGGCCUGCCGUGAGGCGUUCGCGGAUGAAUUCAUUGAAAAAUUGCCUGAGAAAUACGAUACGAUGAUAGGGGAAAACGGAAUCAAGCUUAGCGGUGGGCAGCGUCAGAGACUUGCCAUUGCUCGCAGUAUCAUCAAGAGGCCAUCGAUCCUUAUUCUCGACGAAGCUACCAGUGCUAUCGAUGUCAGAGGGGAGCGUAUCGUGCAGGAGGCACUUGAUAGAGUCUCGAAGGGCCGCACUACCAUAACCAUCGCGCAUAGGUUGUCCACCAUCAAAAAGGCAGACAAGAUCAUCGUCCUUCGUAAGGGAACUGCAGUUGAGUCGGGCACUCAUGAAGAACUCCUCGCUCAGGAGGGCCUAUACCACAGCCUUGUGCAUAACCAACAACUUGACAUGGAAGACGAUAGCAACAACGAGACUGUACAAGCUGAGGUGGAGACUGGGAAAGAUGGCCCUCAGUUGACUAUGUCCAAGACGAAAUCUACAGUCGAAGAGGGAGACCUCGAGCAGGGCCUCACUCUCCCCGAGGAGCCGCCUAAAGAACUAUCCCUCUUUGACUCUGUUGGUGUUUUGCUGUGGGAACAGCGCAAGUACUGGAUUCUAUACGUGGGCGUCCUCAUUGGAGCUGCCGGGUGUGGAGCCGGAUAUUCAAUUCAAAGUUAUCUCUUUUCCCAGCUCAUCACAGUCUUCCAGCUCACUGGUUCCAGGCUAGUAGAAAGAACCAAUUUUUGGUCUCUCAUGUUCUUCGUCCUCGCCCUUGCGGUGGCGUUUUUUUACUUUGUCCUUGGCUGGAAUUCCAUGUCGAUAUCUACCUACGUGUCAACCACGUACCGACAAGAAUACUUUGAUAGUAUGAUCCGAAAACCGAUAGCCUUCUUCGAUAAGGACCAAAACUCUGCGGGUUCCCUCACCUCACGUAUUUCAUCCGAUUCAACCCAGCUUCAGGAACUACUGGGACCAACAAUGGCGUUUCCUAUCAUCUCUGUCUUCAACGUGAUGGGUUGUAUAGCCAUCUCGUUCGCCUUUGGCUGGAAACUAAUUUUAGUCGCUAUUUUCUCCGCGUUUCCACUGAUAAUCAUCGCUAUGUUUGUCAGGGUUAGAUACGAGGUUCAGUUUGAUAAGAUGAACGCUGCUGUCUUUGAAGAGAGUUCACAGUUUGCAUCUGAGGCCUUUGGAGCUUUCCGGACAGUUACGUCACUUACCCUGGAGAGCAGUAUUGCAGACAGGUAUUCAGAUUUGCUGAAAAAUCAUGUACAAUCUGCCUUUGUCAAGGCAAGAGUUGCUGCCCUCGUCUUUGCUGCAUCAGAUAGCAUGGAGUUACCCUGCAUGGCCCUAUGCUUCUGGUAUGGUGGCCAGCUUCUCAGUACGCAUGAGUACAGUGUCUUGCAGUUUUUUGUCAUCUAUAUUGCCGUUGUCUUGGGAGGUCAAGCGGCAGGACAUUUCGGAAGCAUCAGUCCUAAUUUGGCUCAAGCCAAGGCAGCUGCAAACCGCAUCAUGAGUAUCCGGCCUGCACCAGACGACAACAAGAGCAGCGCUGUUCUUGAUCAAUGCGAGGGCGGUAUAGAAAUCGAAUUCAAGUCGGUUAACUUCAGGUAUCCUUCACGAGAUGUGCCAAUAUUCAAGAGCUUGUCAUUCACAGUUGGAAAGGGGCAGUUUGCCGCCCUCGUUGGCCCGUCAGGUUGA